AACAAUUCCCCAUUUCCCCCAGCUUUGAAGAUCGGCCAGUAUGUCCCCAUCCAUCGAGUCGACGAUUGGCUUCUCGCGGCGGUUUCUUAAUCUGAUUGUGGGCAACCGUAUUCCUGGUGUCAAAUCGCUAUGUUGCUUCGACCUGACGGACCAGCAGUUGUUCUAUCCAGAAAUACCCUCACAGUCACCAAACGUUAACGCAGAGAAGAAGAUUACGCCGAAGUCACUUUGGCCCUUUAUGAUGGACAGUAUUGGGCUUCCCCACUCGAGCUUCAACUUUCGUGCUUCAGCUCUCAACGACCAAUGGAAGAUCGACUGCUUCCCGCUUGCGGGGCACGAGGUGAUUUGUGCGGAUCAGUCUGGGCGCGCCUUUCUCUUCAACGCCGCGACGCAGCUGGCAGAGACCAUGCCUAGUCUCCACAAGUCCAAAUCGUUGCCCUUCACUCUCUUUGUUCCCAAUGCCAAUGCUGACAAUGAUUAUCACCACAAUGGCUACGGCAGCAGCCUUUUUGUUAUGGAGAGGAUUCCCAAACCGGAGGUGGGCUGCAGGGCACAGUACAGCGAACAGUUUGAGGCCUUCGUCUACCGCAAGCCCACAAAGUCAAAUUACUACAAGUCCUGGCACUGUCAGCUCCUCCCGCCGCCACCUUACAUCCGUGAACCCAAGUACUGUCAUGGCUGCCCAGAGAUCUGCUCCUAUGCAGUGCUCCGUGGUGGCUCCCACAUUUGCAUAUCCGUCAAGGGCGUUGGCACCUAUUGCCUGGACACAGCAAGCCACACAUGGAGUGAAGUCGGCAAAUGGACCUUACCGUUCCACGGCAGGGUUGAGUAUGUGCCUGAGCUCAAACUCUGGUUUGGCCUCUCUGGUGAGGCCCAGAACUUGGCUGCGGCUGACCUAUCUUCCAUGGACUCUGAGCCACAGCUAGUGGGCCCUUGGAAGGAGCACCGCCUGCCAGAGGAAUGGAAGGAAUGCAAAGAUUCUCAACUUGUCAACCUGGGCUCAGGAAGGUUCUGCAUCACAAGGUUCUUCCACAAUAGGAUUUAUAACGGUGACUUUGAGGAUGAAUCCAUUGCAGUCUUUACCGGUGUGGAGGUGGUGCCACAUGUGCGCGACUUCAACGGCAAUGCAAACAAAGGUGGCAAUGGGAAAGUGGAACUCCAAAUGAUCCCUCACAAAUCUAAAUGUCACAUGUAUAAUGGCAGUACCAUCGAUGCUGUGUUCUAAAUAAUAUUGGCCCUUUGCAUCCUUUUUUAUCCAUUAUGUACCGUCUGAAUAGUUUUGGGAAUGUACUGUAAUAGAUAACUCUGGAAUAUCGAUCUCUAUUUACUA